AUGGCGAACCUGGACUCCAAUCAAGGUGCUCUGGCAUGGCUUCCGAGAGCCGGUGUUCCGGCUUUGAACUGUCCGCCGGGAACAAAGAUGCAUUUACUGGAUUUGGGACGACUGGAGGCUGAUGAAGGAUGGUUUUUCCGAGGAGGCAAUACCAGUACUUUAAGCAAGAAAAAUCCCGAGAAUAAGAGACGCACCAUGAUAUGUGUCGCGGCCUUGAUCGAAUAUCCUGGAUUGGGACUCAUAUUGUUCGAAACUGGAUGCGCUGAAGAUGUCGAUUCUGAAUGGGGCGCUCCUCUGACCGACGUGUUCCCACGCGUCGAGUAUCGGGAAUCACAAAAAUUACCGGCAGCGAUUCGAGCGACGGGCAACGAUAUACGAGACGUCCGAGCAAUCAUCAUGGGACAUCUUCACCUAGACCAUGCGGGAGGUCUGGAACAUUUUGUAGGGACUGAUGUGCCCAUCUAUGUGCACGAGGAGGAAUUCAAACACGCCUGCUGGGCAGUUGGCACCGGGGCUGAUCGAGGCGUUUACCAACAUCAUUAUAUUAGCCUCGACAAGCUGAAUUGGAGCACUUUCACCGAUCCCCAUCUGGAUUUAUUCCAGGGCAUCACUCUCCACCACAGUCCAGGCCACACGCCGGGGUUGGUGAUAAUGCAGGUCAACCUGGAGAAUUCGGGCACCUUCAUCUGGACCACGGACCAGUUCCACGCGGCGGAAAACUACACGGAAAGCCAUCCUCAGGGCUGGCUGGCUCGAGAUCAUACGGCGUGGAUCAAGAGUUCGGCCAUGACUAAGAGGCUGCAACGCCUGUUCAACGCCCAAUUGAUCUUUGGGCAUGACCUGGAGGUGGCGGAGAAGCAUUUCGGCCAGGUCUACCAGUGA